AUGCCUCCUGAAUUCCGCGGCGCAAAGUCAAUCAAGACCAUCCAAAGGCAAGCAAUCAGAAAUAGACUAUCAUCACACUUUGUAAACAAACGGUUUGCUUCCCUGCUCUGCUACCUGCAGUACGCCUACUUUCUCCAGCUCCACGACACGGCAAGGCCAGUGGUAGAGCCGACAAUGAGCUUCAGUGCCGGCACGGUUUCCCCUCCACGCCCGAGACAAAAACACAAGCAAGCCAAGACGAUAAGCCACCCUUGGCAAAAGCUUUUGUCCUGCAGACAAGCGAAAAGGCUACAUGUUAGGCCAGGGUGCACAACCCUUGGCACUCCCCAUAUAAAUAAUGGGCCGUCUGCCACUGGAGCCAAUGUGAGACCAAGCCACCUUCUUUCCUUCUUCCUCUUUCCCUCUUUCUUUCCUUCCCUUCGCUUUCCUAUGUGGUGGUUUUUGCUUGCGUUGCCGCUUCUCGCCUAUGCGCUCGACCCGAUCGAAAUCAAGGGCAAUGCCUUUUUCGUCAAGGGCUCCCAGGACCGCUUCUACAUGCGGGGCCUCGACUACCAGCCCGGCGGCUCGAGCAAACUCUACGACCCGUUGGCCGACCCGACCACGUGCGAGCGUGACAUCAAGUACUUCAAGGAGCUUGGCAUCAACACCAUCCGUGUCUACUCCAUCGACAACACCGCCGACCACGACGAGUGCAUGCAGCAGUUGGCGGACGCGGGCAUCUACUUGAUUUUGGACGUCAACGUGCCCAAGGCGCUGAUUGCGCGUGACAAGGGCGCCAAGUGCUCCUACAACACCAUGUACUUGAACGAGGUUUUGGCCACGGUCAAGCUCAUGUCCAAGUACGACAACACGUUGGGUUUCUUUGCCGGCAACGAGGUGAUCAACGACGCCGACACCACGCCGGCCGCCGUCUACGUCAAGGCCGUGGUGCGUGACAUCAAGACGUUCCAGCGCAACACAGACUUGCGUCUUAUCCCGGUGGGCUACUCGGCCGCCGACAUCGAGGAGAACCGCUUGGAGACGGCGCACUACUUCAACUGUGGCGACGACGAGAUGGCCCGUGUGGACAUGUUUGGCUUCAACGACUACUCGUGGUGCGGCCGCUCGUCCUUCACCACGUCCGGCUACGACAAGAAGGUCGAGGCCUACGACAACUACUCCAUCCCGUUGUUCCUCUCCGAGUUUGGCUGCAACAAGAUCACCCCCAGACCUUUCACUGAAAUCCUGGCCAUUUUCUCCGACAAGAUGCUGCCUGUUUUCUCGGGCGGUCUUGUGUACGAGUAUUCCAUGGAGGGCAACGACUACGGCUUGGUGCAGAUCUCGCUGGACAACAAGACCGUCACCACCAACGACGACUUUGACAACCUCAAGGAGCAGUUUUCUUCGGCGAAAAACCCCUCCGGCGACGGCGGCUACCACACCGGUCUUCCGUUCUCCGAAUGCCCAGAAAAAUCCGAUGUCUGGGAGGCCGAAGACAAGCUUCCGGACACCCCCAAGGGCGCCUUGAAGUACAUCAAGGGCACCGUCGAUCCAGAGGGAAACGGCUUUGAUGCAGACACCCAAUGGGCCUGUGUGGACGGCGGAAACGACACAGACGACUCGGACGACCACUCUUCCGUGUCGCGCAGCAGCACUCGCUCGUCGACCCGUUCUUCCUCGGGCUCCAGCUCCGCCACGUCGGGCUCGUCUCUGUCGCUGUCGCUGUCGAGCUCCAAAAAGAGUGGCACCGCCCACUAUGGCCCUUCGUCCUUGUUUGGCCUUUGUGCUGCCUUCAUGGCCAUGAUGGCUUAA